UUCCAGCACUGAAUUCAAAGUAAUAAACAAUUUAACUCAACUUUUCAACAACGAAAUUGAUUUAGUAAUCUGCCACCCACAUUCUGAGAAUUUGCCCUCAAAUGUAACCGAGUUAUACCCAGUCAUAAAGAGCAAUUUGAUAUUGGUUUACAAACCCAGCAAGUUGCGAUUCACCAAAGAUAUAUUCAUUUUAACGUUUGCCGGCUCACUGUGGUUGGUUUUCUUUGCAAUAAUGAUCCUUCUGGCUGUAUGUUUACGAAUCUCAACCCGAAAAUACGCAAUGAUGCGACCAAGUUACGAAACAUGGACGUGGGUUGAGAUAACACUUUGGGCCAUUGCCGCUGCGUGCCAACAAGGCCUAAGUCACACACCGAGCGGUUUUGCCAGUUGCUUGAUAUUUUUCCUGGGAUAUCUGAUGGCGUAUUUAUUGUACACCGGUUUUGCGGCUGCUAUAACUUCAAUUCUGGUGGAAAACGUCGAAACUAACGCUAAUUUACAGAACCUCAGAAUCGAUAAACUUCACUUGAUCAGUCCUGAGUGCACCCGGAGCGAGAUAAAACAAUUCAAAGAAAGAUUUCUUGUAACAGAAUACGUCUCUGACUUAAAUGCUCUAUUUGAAAAAUUGGAUAUAAACGACAGGAUCGGUGUGGGCCCUGAAAUUUCAUUACAGCAGUACAUGGUGAAUAAUUUGGGCCUCGACGAAAUUCUAUCCUUGCAAACAAUGAAACUGAAUGUGAGAUACACCCAAGGUUUUCUGACGCUGCGUAAUAAUUCGUGGAAAAAAAACAUAAACAAACAUGUAAUUGCUUUGGACGAGUCUGGAAUAUUGCAAAAAAUUCUCAAAUCAAAUUUACGGCCUGUUUCAACUCUCAACUUGAAUCCUGGGUAUUCAAGUGCCGGUCGUGAACACGUAGGAUCCGCAAUUUUACUGUUUUUAGGCGGUGUUUUAAUCGCGUUAUUAUUUCUCGUGUCCGAAUUCGUGUUUUACUUUUACAAACGGGGUCGUAAUCACAUUAACAUAUAAAAAUUUACUUGUUUAUUACAAGAAUUGGCAGCACAUAAGAACUACAAAAUGCCCAACAGAAGUUAAGUACAUUUAAGCCUCAAUAUUAAUCACAUUACAAAAUAAAUAAACAUCGCACCCCCCAAAACCCUAACAAAAAUUAACUGCAAGAAGCUACACAAAUGUAUUUAGCUCUUUGAGUUCCUUUGCUAGUCCUCAAAACGUAGGGGAGCUUCGAGUAGAAUUUAGUGUUUGAUAUUUCCAUACCUCCAUUCAAAAAAUUUAGAAAUUAAAUCACAUUUCUGACGUGACUAGUGUUAUGUCAGACCAAAUCCGAUCGGAUGUAGGAACGACUUUGUUGUGAAUUUUUGAGAUCAAAUGUCAGAUCAUUAAACUAUACAUAACUAAAACGAAACAAAACGGGAAAACCGCACAUCCACCAACAUUCAAGUCUGCGUCAGCGUUUCCGUUAUUGUUGAAAAAUCAAUAUUAACAGCAAAUUCUUUGAAAAUGCAAAAGUAAUCAAUUAUCCUGGCGGCAGGAAUUAUUGAUGACUUUACGCAUUAUAAAAUCGACAAAUGAACACGUUCUGGAACAAAAUUGAUGAUGCAGUCAACGUUUAUAAUAAUUUCUUGAUUGCAAAAAGUAAGUUCAAUAACACUGGUCUGCAAAAAAAUUCUCCCUAUUAUUAUAGGCACUCAUCAUAUAUAUAUGAUGCUCGAAGACACAAACUUUUUGUGUAAUAAAAAAUAAAAUGUAAGUAUUUUUUAAAUUUGGCCUUGCAAUCGUUAUUAAAGACUUGACUGAUUGGCUUCUCCUCCAAUUGGAAAAUUUAAGGAUUGCUAUAAUAUUUACAACAAAAAUUAUGUGUAAAAUACAAAAAAUCAAUAAAACAAUUAAAAAUCCUGGUCGUUGAUGACGUCACUUUCAAUAUUCGUGACGCUCCCGGGAGUUUAGACACAGUCAAUAAUUAUUAAUGGUUAGAUCUCUCAUUGAAAGUAUAAAUUACAUUAUUAUUAUUUUUUAAAGUGCAUGAAUAAUUUAUUAAAUUUAUAAUUUACAUGCGAAUACAAUCAAAAACACAAGAAAAACGUAACAAAAACAGUUGAAGAGAAUUAAAUUUUCUACAAACGACGUUUAAAGCCCCUCAAGCGGCGAAUUAGUUUCAUUUUUACCGGUGUUUAAAUGACCCAUUAAAGCUAUUUAUACGUAAACGGGUGAAAAUGUUUUAAUAAAGUAGACCACAGCCUUAAUUUACUUUUGGUUCAUGAAUAAUGGCACAUUGCAGUAAGUUACAAAACAGUUAAUUUGUUCAAGCUGAAUAAUCCUGUAUCAUUAGUGCACUUCCUGUCAAUUUUCUAAUUUUACGAAUUCUAAUUGAUAAAAUUGACUGCAUCACCACCAGAACGGAACAAUUUGUGGCACUUACAGACCCCAGAUUUUAUAAUAAAGCAGUGAGAAAGAUUAUGAUUAAACUUAAUGUAAAUUAAUGUAUUUAA